AUGGAUAGCUGGCCUAUAUUGAGUUGGAAUAUAAGGGGACUGAACAGGGUGAAUAAACAAAUUUCAGUCCAAGAAUUGUUUAGGAAGAAUAAGAUUGGUAUAGGUGGUUUAAUGGAAACUAAAUUGCGUGGUAAGAAAAUUGAUGAGUUUAUGGAACAUAGAUUUCCUAAUUGGGACUAUUUCACUAGCCCAGGAACUGAAGGGAGGCUGUUGAUUCUAUGGAGGAAAGGUAUAGCUAAUAUGAGCAUCUUGGAAGACUCUCCUCAAUUGGUUCACUGCCAAAUCAGGUUGGUUGGUCACAAGACUAGUUUCUUUGUCACAUUUGUUUAUGGCUUCCAUUCAAUUGAUACUAGGAGGAGUCUUUGGCAUGAUCUAUCUCGUCUAUCUCUAUCUGUCAAAUCUUGGAUGGUUAUUGGCAACUUUAAUGCACCAUUUUCAGUUGGUGAUAGGACUGGUGGCUGCUCUUUGGAUAGCUCUGAGUUGGUUGAUUCUGUAGGAUGGAAAUCUGUUGCUAAAGUUGAGGCUAUCAAGAGCAUGGGUUCCUACUUCACAUGGACUAAUAACCAAGAUGGUUUAGCAAGAAUUUAUUCCAAAAUAGACCAUGCUCUUAUAGAUGAAGAUUGGCUGGACGUUUUUCCUCAAAGUGUGGCUGUUUUUCAAUGGGAGGCGGUAUCGGAUCAUUGCUCAUGUAUUGUUUCUAAUAUCUCCUUGAAAUCUAUGGGAACUAAGCUUUUCAGAUAUUAUAACUUUUGGUCUAAUCACCCUGAUUUUAAACAAAUAGUUUUGAAGAGCUGGAAAGCUCCAGUGCAGAUGUCUGGGCUGAAGGCAAUCUUUACAAGACUUGUUCGUCUAAAACAUCACCUUAAAAAGCUAAACAGGGACUGGUUUGGGGAUGUGGGAUUAGGCUAUCAUUUGGCUUUGGAAGCUCUGAAAACUGCCCAAUUUCAAGCUCAAGAGAAGCCACUAGACUUUCAAUUACAAGAGGCAGUUAAAGAGAAGGCUACAGAGUUUAAUUUUCAUGAAAAAAUCUAUCAUAGUUUCUUAGUCCAGCGCAGUAAGGUCAAUUGGUUAAGGCAUGGGGAUGUGAAUUCUUCUUUCUUUCAUGCGUUCUUGAAGAGGAGAAAAGCAGAGAAUUCUAUUGUUUCUUAUACUAAUGAUAAUGGGUUACUGGUUGAUGAUUUCAAGGAGGUUGUAAGCCAUUUUACUGAGCAUUUUAAAAGUCAUUUGGGCAGUCCCAGUUCGGCUUCAGGGGUGGUUGAUUAG